AUGGGCUGCUGCGGGUCCUCGCUGCGGGCGGGGACGCACCCGGAGAAGAAGCCGCCGGGGAGGGCGGCGGGGGCGCUCCCCCCGCACCGCUCCUCCUACUCGCUGAAUCAGCACCAGGCGCCUGCGCCCUCCGCGGCUCGCGCGGGCGCCGGCGGGCGCCAGGUGCCGCCGCUCAAGGAGUUCUCGCUCGCGGAGCUGCGCGCCGCCACGGGCGGCUUCGCGGCGGAGAACAUCGUGUCCGAGAGCGGCGAAAAAGCGCCGAAUUUCGUGUACAAGGGCCGCCUCGAGGCCAACCGCCGCGCGAUCGCCGUCAAGAAGUUCACCAAGAUGGCGUGGCCCGAUCCCAAGCAGUUCGCGGAGGAGGCCAAGGGGGUCGGGAAGCUGCGCCACUGCCGCCUUGCCAACCUGAUCGGCUACUGCUGCGAUGGGGACGAGCGGCUGCUCGUCGCCGAGUUCAUGCCCAACGACACGCUCGCCAAGCACCUCUUCCACUGGGAAAACCAGACAAUUGAAUGGGCCAUGCGCCUGAGAGUUGCAUACUACAUCGCUGAAGCACUGGAGUAUUGUAGCACUGAGGGAAGGCCUAUGUAUCAUGACCUCAAUGCAUAUAGGGUCCUCUUUGAUGAGAAUGGUGAUCCUCGUCUUUCAUGCUUUGGCCUGAUGAAAAACAGCAGGGACGGGAAAAGUUAUAGCACAAAUCUUGCAUAUACACCUCCAGAAUAUUUGAGAAAUGGAAGAGUAACAUCAGAAAGUGUCAUAUUCAGCUUUGGCACUAUACUGCUGGACCUCCUAAGUGGAAAGCGUAUACCCCCUUCCCGUGCUCUUGAUAUGAUAAAAGGCAACAAUAUCCAAGUACUGAUGGAUUCACAUUUGGAGGGAAACUACUCAACAGAUGAGGCAACCACAUUGGUUGACCUUGCCUCUCAGUGCUUACAGUAUGAACCUAGGGACCGGCCCAACACUAAAAAACUGGUUUCCGUACUUGAGCCCUUGCAAAUAAAAUCAGAGGUACCAUCCUAUGAGAUGCUUGGCAUUCCAAAGUAUGAAGAAGAAGCACCUCCCCCUCCACAACCACAACACCCUCUUUCUCCCAUGGGUGAAGCCUGUUCUAGGAUGGAUUUGACAGCUAUCCAUCAGAUUCUAGUGAAUACACAUUACAGGGAUGAUGAAGGGAGUAAUGAGCUAUCGUUCCAGGAAUGGACACAGCAGAUGAGGGACAUGUUGGAAGCUAGGAAACGUGGAGACUUUGCUUUUCGUGAUAAAGAUUUCAAGGCAGCCAUAGAUUGCUACACACAGUUUGUUGAUGUGGGGACUAUGGUAUCACCAACAGUGUACGCAAGGCGGAGUUUGUGCCACCUCAUGUGUGACCAACCUGAUGCCGCCCUCCGCGACGCAAUGCAAGCACAAUGUGUGUACCCAGAUUGGCCAACUGCGUUCUACAUGCAAGCUGUUGCGCUCUCAAAGCUGAAUAUGCAGAGCGAUGCUACGGACAUGUUGAACGAGGCGUCGCAGCUUGAAGAGAAGCGGCAGAAGAACACAAAAGCUUGA